UGUCUUUCGGCUCUACUACCCACCUUCUAUUCUCCAACUGUUUUAGUAUAUCCGGACGGUCGGGUUUGUAUUUCCAUCCUUCACGCACCGGGAGAUGACCCCAUGGGCUAUGAGAGUUCGGUAGAACGCUGGAGCCCGGUACAGUCGGUUGAGAAGAUUCUGUUGUCCGUUGUUAGCAUGUUGGCUGAACCGAAUGACGAGAGUGCUGCAAAUGUGGACGCGGCAAAAACGUGGCGAGAGGACAAGCGUCGGUUUAACAAAUUGGCUUUGCGCAGCGUUCGCAUUAGUCUCGGCCUACCACCGGAGUAAAUCCAAGCAAACCUGGUUCCAAUCCCUGUCUGAUUUUCCCACAUUGGAAUCGGAUUACUUUUUUGUCUUUCCUACUUUGGUGUAACCAAUGGAAUAUGGCAUGGUCUUCAUUGCUGAUCACUCUUGCAAGAUCACGAGUUCCCGAUGUAUGCCUUUCUCCUAUAUUCCCAUGAGUGUUACUUAUGAUACCGUAUUGAAAGACUGCUGUUUUCUACCGUCUUUGGCUUUUGGUGGGCCAUCUGACGUUCAAAUAUGUGGAUGUCGUGUUUAAACCCAAUUGUUUUGUUCCAUUUUUGCAUAUACUUUCCGACGCAACCAGACUACUUGCAUCAAAACACCACCGCAAACC